AUGAGAACUGGUACUGUGUCUGUUAUAAUCUGUGAAGUGUAUAAAAACUCAAGACAGAUUAGAUUAUAUCUUCCGAAAGAUGCAAGAGUAUUUGAAAGAUAUGGAUCAAGAGCAAGAUAUCACCUUGAGUUUUACCAUCUCGCCAGUAUUUAUAAUAAAUCAAUUUAUGAAGCCCUCAGCAAAAUCAUACAAAAGCUCAUUCGAGAAGUACCAACGCUUGAAAAUCUUUUAAGUAUGCUAAGGACGCCGUACUUGUUUAAUACAUUGACUAAAAUCUAUGUUGCAACGGAUAGCACGCCUGUGGAAAUGAAUUCCUGUGAAUUAUGUUCCGACGUGAUUGGUGUCGUAUUUUCUAUCGAGUUUAUUUAUGGACUUCAAAGUGGAUGCAGUCCUUAUGGGAAAGAAAAGUAUGACGAAUCGACACUACACGACUUGGAUAUCGGCUGUUAUAAUGGAACGGGUCGUGAGAGGGGAUAUACGCGUCAUUCUUUCAGUUCAGAGAUAGAAGUAUCUAGCAUUAUUAAAUUAAAUAAUGGGGAUGUUUUGUACAUGAAGGAAAUUAACAGUGAAAAUUUUAAGAAACUCGGUUUAAUUGAUUAUAAUUUUCAAUGUUUCACGUCUGCUGUUACCGAAUUGUUUAAAUUCUUCCAAAAUAAUCAUUAA